AUGACGGACAUUCAGCAGUGGCGGCGGAAGAUCCAACCCACCAGAACACGGACUCCAGCGUCAUUGACCUUACCCACGCCAGACAUCGAGGAGUUGGACGACUUGCAGCCUCCCACACCCAAGCGGCGCCUGAAGCCCAAACUGUCCGCAUACUUCAAUCAGACAUCGAAGCCAGCAACGUUCGCCGAGGACCUCCCGGAAUCACACUUUCCGAAAUGGCCUUUUGACCAAAUGUAUCCGGAUCCAAAGCCAGAGGACGAGCUCGAUGCUGUCGUUUGUCAUUUGAUGGCCGACCCAUACGGUUAUCUCGGACCGCAUUUCAACGCCUCUCUAAUGCGCAUCUUUGAAAGCUACCUCACGAUGAUGAAGGAAAAUGUCCACCUGAAGUUACGGUGUGACGAAGGAGUGACCACAGCUCAGGCAGUGAUCGCCAAGCUGCACAUGGCUGAGAGAGAUUGGGAGGAUGAGAAGAAUGACUACAAGGAAGAGGUGAAACGGCUCGAGGUGCUGCUUUCCAAGGCGAGCCGCAGAGGCGUCGCGGAGGUCACACUAGCUCGGCAGGAAAGUAAGGUCCAUGGAAUGUAUCCAGCAGGCGCGCAGAAGAGGGAAACCAUCUUCGRGUUUCUAGAAAAGAUUACAAAACGUCACGAGGACACUGCCACAUGGAGCAAUCAAAGAGCUACCAUGAAGCCUCUCCUGCAAUCGCAGUCCAACCAGGAUAUCAACAUGUCUCAACGCUUGAGCCAGAAGAAGUCCAUGACCAACAUACACGCAGAUCUACCAUUUGGGACACCUCCAGCGAAGGACAUGAGAUUCUCUCUGACGAACAUGUCCAUAAUGGCAAAGCAGGCAGCUACACACCGACGGAAUCGACCCGCCGAUGGGUCGAACGCCACUGAUGAUACAUUCUCUACCUUCAGCUCCGCCGGCGACCUUCUUCCAGACGAGGGGAGUACACAUUGCAUCCCUGAGGAUGAGUUCUGCGUGGAUCACGACAUGGCAGAUAUUGAGCACAUUGCCAUCGCUCUGGCCCGGCGGCGAGGAGUGGCYCCUUCACUUGUCAUGCCACAACUCAUCACCCUUUUUGCAGCGAACCCGGACGGGGCCGCUGAUCGUGCAUGCAGUAUGCCAACCGUACUGAGUGUCUCGGUUGAACCGCAGUCAGCGUCUGUGACGGUCAACUCGCGCGCCGGCAUUGUCAAACGUGCGACUGUAAUGACAAGAGCCUCUGGUUUCUUCCAGAAGCUAAGACCCCAGCUUACGGUCGAUCCGGUGGCAAACUCACUCGAUUCGUCUCGCAGGUUCUCAUUCGAGCCGGGUGACGAUAUCGCUGCUCAUCAUGCUGCUUCUCCCGGAUUUGUGGUGUCGCCGGGCGACCAAAGAGUACUACGCAAGAGUGCGUCGCUUUGCUCAAUGUCAUCGCGCAACCCGUCUCGAAUCCCAACCCCAGUGUCCACCCCGGGCACCGUUGUUCGACCGAGGCGAGAGCGAGAUGAAUCUUCAUCAAGUCUCCUCACAGUCAUCAAACGCUCCGAGGAUGGCGACUCCAGGACGAGUUCCGUUUAUAGCUCUCCGUCCGUGUAUCGAGAGGAGUUCAAUAGGACGUCGCCGUCCAAAGACAGGGAUUCCAUGUCCGGGCUGAGCCUGAGGAAAAGCAAUCUGCUACUCGACCACACGAACAAUCUUCGAGGCAAUGCGAGCCGCGAUGGCGUUGCUAAUAAUGAAAAGCGCUCAAGCGCUUUGAGCAUCUCCCAAAGCUGUGAUGCUCCUCCAGACAUGAGCCGCGCUCAGCAGGAGAACUUCUGUCCGGCAGACACAAGCGAACAGUCUACGCCGUAG